UAAGUUCUUCUGAGCAACGUGCUCUGCUACAGCACCUCUCUCUCUCUCUCUCGCUCUCUCUCUCUCUCUCUCUGACACAUACACACCACACCACACCACACACACACACUCAAAAACACAAAGCAGAAGUGGACAAAGACGCAGGGUUUCAGUCGCCGCGGUCGGUUAUGGCUCAGGGCUCUGACAGCAAUGACACAAGUUACAAGUCCCCUUCACCUGGAAGCAGACCGAGCUCCUCGGACGACGUGAAGAAGGUGAUGCGGCGGGAGAAGAACAGGAUCGCCGCUCAGAAGAGCAGGAUGAGGCAAACUCAGAAAGCCGACAGCCUACACCUGGAGAGCGAGAACCUGGAGAAGGAGAACGCUGCCCUGAGGAAGGAGGUGAAGCAGCUGACAGAGGAGGCCAAGUAUCUGUCAUCCGUGCUGAGCAACCACGAACCCCUGUGCACCGGCCUGGCGGCCCAGACCCCUGAGCUCCUCUACCCCCCCCACCACGGCAGCUACCACCAACAGCACAUCCCCGUGCCACACUACCCGCACUGACCUAACUGCCCGAUGAGACGGCUGGAGACGUGGUGCCGAAAAAACUGACGACUGACCUCAAAGAGGAGAGACUGACUGGAAAAAAGAACUGAUGGAGGAGUUACAUGACGGGCGGACGUGUCUGCCAAACAAUAACAGAGCGGAACCCAAACCCAAACAUGCAGUGUUCAAAACUAUUUAUUUUUUUUCUUCUACUCAUCUAUUUGCUUUUUGUCUCAUUGAUAUGUGACCUUAAAUGUGACCCUAAAUGGCUCAAUGGCUAAUUGUCAGCCAGUCUAUGUUUACAUUGGGCGAAAUAACCAACUUACUGUACGUUCAGGUGACUCCGUCGAUAUUUCUCUUUUGUAAAGUGCUUAUUUCUAGUGUCAUAGAGACGACCUUUGUCGUCCCUGCCAACGUUUAGAAUUUCAUGUGUUGAUGUGUGUUUCUGUGUGUAAAUGUAGAUCAAUGAUGCUCAGGAGCUUUUUUUUUUUAAUGGGACAGAUUUGAUUGUGGACAAAACAGAAUGUAACAUGAAGACCCAACACCAGGCUUCGAUGUACCAAAAAGGACUGGCCGGCUGUGGAGAACGGGAAUUCAAGGGGUCUUGAUAGGUGCACUGCUUUUUUUUUUUGUGUGUGUGUGUGUGUGAGGAGACAGGAGACCCAGCAGAGAUAUUUAUUAAAUGUGAUGCCUUUUCUUAUAUAUAUAUA